AACUUGGCUGCCACAAAUCAAGAGCACAUCCACCUGGCGGAGCCAACCUUUACUAGAGAAAAAUGGCGGCCACCGCUGCAGCAGCAAGCACCCUGUCACCAGCAUGCCUUCACGCCCAUUUGAGAAGCAGUGCCAAUGAGAGAGCAUAUGCGAGUGGACCAGCUUCUACAUCCGGCAGCUUUUUCUCGCCUCCGCUCCGCCAGCAGAGGUCCAGCAAGUUGGACCUUGGUUGCUGGGGUCGAGAUGGUAGCAACUCCCCCUCGUUACAUCAGGACAGAUCUAGAUCUGGGUUUAAUGUUAAGCAAGCAAACCCAGAUCAGUGUCGGAGUUCUGGGGCUGUGAAGGUUCGAGCUGCCAGGGCAGGCGUGCUUGACAGGCCUGGAGGCGCUGGCGUCUUAGAGAAGCCGCCUGCGCUUGAUACCUCGUGGUUGGAAAAGCUGUACCAAACAGAAUCAGGCGGGGAGGGAAGCAAGGAGAAGCAGAACAAGCGGACAGGCGGCGGGGAUCAGUUCCGUGUCCUGCUGGUUGACAGCCCCAAGCACACUGAGAAAAGAGUCACCAACGUCUUGCCCAGGGUGGUCCCAAACGUCUCGUCCGAAGCGGCACGCGGGAUAUUUGAAGAAUCCAAAGUAAAAGGCUUUGGAAUAGUGAUCGUCUGUGUGAAGGAAUAUGCUGAAACGUAUUGUCAGCUCCUCAUUCGGAACGGUCUUAGUUCCAGGAUUGAACCCGAUGCGGACACCGUUUGAAAGAUCCUGACUCCUCUUCGGCGUCAGUCCAUUUUUGUUAGAAGCGACUGGUCAAAUAAUCGAGUUACUAUUGUUGAAGCUGCUUACAUACCCCUUCGAGCAGAAAUAAGAGUUUCUUUACACGCAAUUUUUGAGGGGACAUAACGGUUGUUGAUGGUUCAUAGGCUUAGAACAGAUACGUCAGUACUGGUUGAAUAUUCACCAUUAGCAUCCCUGCGAAGCGGCGCAGGGUUGCCACCAUCCCUAACUUCAGAGCAGUUGUUCGAAGUGGGAGUCUUGCAUCGAUUUAGGGCGACUCGACUCUUCAAUAGAAUUGCUUGCCGUAGUACGCUCGCAAUAUGGUUCUGACAUCCGCCCGUCACAUUCCUUGCUCGGGCUGAAAUAAUCUGGCACAAUGACAUACCAAUGUGCAGUGAAAGUACUCCAUGCCAC